CGGCGGUGGUGGCGGUGGUGGCGGUGCCCGUGGGCGCCGGAGUCUGAGCCUGGGCACCGGGCGCCAUGUCGCGACUGAUCGUGAAGAACCUCCCGGACGGGAUGAAGGAGGAGCGCUUCCGGCAGCUGUUCGCCGCCUUCGGCACGCUCACCGACUGCAGCCUCAAGUUCACCAGAGACGGGAAGUUCCGCAAGUUCGGCUUCAUCGGCUUCAAGUCCGAGGAGGAGGCGGCGGCCGCCCUGCGCCAUUUCCACCGGACGUUCAUCGGCACGGCCCGGGUCUCGGUGGAGCUCUGCAAGGCCUUCGGGGACCCCAGCAAGCCACGAGCCUGGAGCAAGCAUGCCCAGAAGCCCACCCCGGCUGAGCCCCCCUCGGGAGACACGGCCCCGGAGGCCCCCGUGGCGAGGAAGGGUGACAAGAAGAAGAAGGUGGUAGGAGAGCUGGAGCAGCUCCGGGGUGACAGCGAGUUCCGCGAGUUCGUGUCAGCCCACCAGAAGCGAGCACAGGCGGCCACGUGGGCCAACGACGCCCCAGACGCGGACACGGGGCCCCUGAAGGGCCAGGGCCGGCCAUCCAGCGACUACCUCAACUUCGACUCGGACUCAGGGCAGGAGAGCGAGGAGGAGGAGGAGGAGGAGGCGGCGGCAGCCAGGGCUUCCUCAGGAGAUGAGGCCGGCCCGGAGCGGGAGCUGAAGGCGGCAGCGCGGAAGGAGCUGUCGGACAUGGAGUAUCUGAGGGCCAAGGCCGUGCGCGCCCCGUCGCCCUCCUCCUCUUCCUCCUCCUCCUCGGGAGACGAGAGCGAGGACGAGGCGGUACACUCCGACAGUGAGGGCGCGGGGAGCCCCAACCAGGAGGAGGAGGAGGAGGAAGAAGAGGAGGAGGGGGGCGCCUGCCCGACCCCCACCCAGCAGGGCCCGACGAGCACAGGGGCCCCGCCCGGAAGUCGGAGGACCCAGGAGGCCCAUGCCCAGGCCGAGCAGCCGGCGCCCCCCAGGGAGCCCAGCACGCCCUACACGGUGAAGCUGCGAGGAGCCCCCUUCAGCGUCACAGAGAAAAACGUGGUGGAGUUCCUGGCCCCCCUGAAGCCCGCGGCCAUCCGCAUCGUGAGGAACGCACACGGGAACAAGACAGGGUACGUCUUCGUGGACCUGCACAGCGAGGAGGACGUGAGGAAAGCGCUGAAGUGCCACCGGGCAUACAUGGGUGGGCGCUACAUCGAGGUGUUCCGGGAGCAGAGCGCCCCCGCCCCCAAGGGACCCCCACGUGGUGGCACCAAGGCCUGGGCGGGCCGGACGCUGGGGGAGCACGAGGAGGAGGAGGACCUGGCCGACUCGGGCCGGCUCUUCGUGCGCAACCUGCCCUACACCAGCUCCGAGGAGGACCUGCAGGGCCUCUUCUCCGCCUACGGGCCCCUGUCCGAACUCCACUACCCCAUCGACAGCCUGACCAAGAAGCCCAAGGGCUUCGCCUUCGUCACCUUCAUGUUCCCCGAGCACGCGGUGAAGGCCUACGCCGAGGUGGACGGCCGCGUGUUCCAGGGCAGGAUGCUGCACGUGCUGCCGUCCACCAUCAAGAAGGAGCCAGGCGAGGAGGCCGACGGCACCGGCACGUCCUCGUACAAGAAGAAGAAGGAGCAGAAGGAGAAGGCGGCCAGUUCCAGCUCCCACAACUGGAACACGCUGUUCAUGGGCCCCAACGCCGUGGCCGACGCCAUCGCGCAGAAGUACAGCGCCACCAAGAGCCAAGUGUUCGACCACGAGGGCAAGGGCAGCGUGGCCGUCCGCGUGGCCCUGGGCGAGACGCAGCUCGUGCAGGAAGUGCGCCGCUUCCUGCUGGACCACGGGGUCUGCCUGGACGCCUUCAGCCAGGCCGCGGCCGAGCGCAGCCGGACGGUGAUCCUGGUGAAGAACCUGCCAGCCGGCACGCUGCCCUCGGAGCUGCGUGACACCUUCGGGCGCUUCGGCAGCCUGGGCCGGGUGCUGCUGCCCGAGGGUGGCGUCACGGCCAUCGUGGAGUUCCUGGAGGCCCUGGAGGCCCGCAAGGCCUUCCGGCAGCUGGCCUACGCCAAGUUCCACCACGUCCCCCUGUACCUGGAGUGGGCCCCGAUGGGUGUCUUCUCCGACUCGGCCCCUCCGAAGAAGGAGCCCCGAGACCCAGCAGCGGAGCCUUCUGGGAAGGACGGGGCUCGGGCAGACACAGCACAAGCCCAUGAGAUCCCAGAAAGUGAGACCCCAGCGUCGGGAGGAGCAGAUGACGUGCCCACCAAGACGGAGGUGCAGGAGGAGGAGGAGGAGGAGGAAGAGGAGGAAGAGGAGGAGAGCCAGCCCGGGUGCACCCUCUUCAUUAAGAACCUCAACUUCAACACCACGGAGGAGACGCUAAAGACGGUGUUUUCCAAAGCGGGGGCUGUGAAGAGCUGCUCCGUGUCCAGGAAGAAGAACAAAGCAGGGGCGCUGCUGUCCAUGGGGUUCGGGUUCGUGCAGUACAAGAAGCCAGAGCAGGCCCAGAAGGCGCUCAAGCAGCUGCAGGGCCACGUCGUGGAUGGCCACCAGCUGGAACUGAGGAUCUCGGAGCGGGCCACUAAGCCAGCCCUGACGACCGCGCGGAAGAAGCAGGUGUCCCGGAAGCAGACAGGCUCCAAGAUCCUGGUGCGGAACAUCCCCUUCCAGGCCGACCGGCGGGAGAUCCGCGAGCUGUUCAGCACCUUCGGAGAGCUGAAAACCGUCCGUUUGCCCAAGAAGCUGGCGGGGACGGGCGCCCACCGGGGCUUCGGCUUCGUGGAUUUCCUCACUAAACAGGAUGCUAAGCGGGCCUUCAGCGCCCUGUGCCACAGCACCCACCUCUACGGCCGGAGGCUGGUGCUCGAGUGGGCCGACGCCGACGAGAGCCUGCAGGCGCUGCGGAGGAAGACGGCCGAGCACUUCCAUGAGCCCCCGAAGAAAAAGCGGUCUGUGGUGUUGGACGAGAUCCUGGAGCAGCUGGAAGACAGUGAACACGAGAGCGAAGAGCCCGGCCUUCAGCUGCAGCCUGGCGCCGGGCGGGCCUGCUGAGCUGCUGACCACCCCAGCAUGUCCGUCCGAAGGACCCCGCGCGGCCUGCACGUGGGACCACGCCCCUGCUAUGCUCGGCCAGGGACCCCUGCCCCGGACCCAUCUCUGCGCUGGGCCCCCGACUUGUCACUCACGGGAGGAUGAGCCGUGCCCUGCCCGGUGCCCCUCCAGACUCAGGGUGCCUGCGAACCCCACUCCAGCCUGGAGCGGGGCCUCCC